GCAAAAAAACAUUUAUCAAACAAGAUGUCAAAUUUAUGAGAAAACCAUUAACUGCUUCCUGUUUUGAUGACGAUGGAGAUGGAGGCAAAGAAGUAAAAGAAAAGGAAGAAAGAAAAGAAAGAAACUCGCAUAUAGAAAAGCUCAGCUCAUGGCUGUCAGCAUCAAGCCCUUGCACUGACGCGUCUAAGGCAUCCUCACCACCCUGGAAACGUUUACACUUGAAAUACCCAUUGCUGUCUCUUCCUCCUUCUUCCUCGGCCCCACCCCACCUCCCUGUUCUUGCCCCUAAAUCACUCCACCGCCUCUUCAUUUAAUCCCUUCCAUUUUCCGGCCACUUUCUUGAAAAUCCCGAUGUCUGAAAUGGCGGCCACGGCGGCUGGCGCUGCAAUCUGGUCGGGUCAACCCAUUCAACCGUCAGCUCCCCUUUAUCAGAUUUGAUUUUGGUUUUCCGAAAAAGACCACUUUUUGGGUGUUGUUAUUGGGUUCUGGUAAGAUUUCUUUCUUUCCCAUACAAUGGAGGAGGAGAAAGUGGCGAUAACGAGGAAGCUGAUUGAAGUGGUGAACGAAAUAGCGGCCAUUUCUGACUUCAGGUCCGUGGUGAAGAAGCAGUAUUUCACUCUGGCCAGGCGGCUGAAGCUUCUUACUCCGAUGUUUGAAGAGAUUCGCGAUAGCAAAGAGGCGGUCCCUGAAGCCUCGUUGAAUGCGCUGGUAUCCUUGAAGGCUGCUCUUGACUCAGCUAAGAAUUUGCUCAAAUUUGGUGGGGAGGGCAGCAAAAUUUUCCUGGUUCGCUCCCUUUCCCAAAUUGCAGAUUUUUAGUUUGAUUUGUGUGUUUUUUCUUUUUCUCUUUAUCUUUCUUUAGUUUCUGUCUUUCUUCGAUUGCUUUUGUUUGAUGCAGUUUCUUUGGCUUGAAGUUGGAGACUUGAUGUUACUGCACUCAUUAUAAAAAUUUAAUCUUUGAAACUGAAUUUUUUCUUUUCUAUCUUAUGAAGCUUAUAGUGAACUGCAGCAUAGGUAUAUCAGUAUAUGCCUUUUAUUUUCACUUCUUUCCCCUUUCAAAAAUAUGGAUUUCAAAACGUUAUCUGAAUUCUUGAAGGAAUUUUGCUUUUUUAAUUUAAGGUAUGAAAUUAUGAAACGACAAGAGCUAUAUGUGGGAUUUGAAAAAAUGGGGCAGUCUAAGGAGGAUAGGAUAUGGAGUUGAAUGAAAAAGCUAUCAAUCUAAAAGUUUAUAAUAUCUUCUGCUUUUUUGGAAAUCUUUUAUGUAUCUAUCAAUUAUGGAAGAAGUUACCACUAAGAUCUUGGCGGAUACAACUCCUUUACAUGUGAAAUUCCAUAAUAUCCUCAAGUGGAACUAUUACCCUUGUUGUAUAUGUUUUGAUGAGAUAACUUGACAGAAUUACUAAUUUCUAAUACAUUCCAUAUUUAGCUAGAUGCUCUAUUCACUUGUAUUUCAUCUGCAGCAUUUUCAGUAGUUGUUAAACAUGCUUCAGAGUCCAGACCAUCUACAGCAUAUUAAAUGACCUCUAAACUUUUAUUUGAUUGUUACAAAUUAGGAAAAAGAAAGUUUGUGUUAUGGUUUUGUUUUACUUGCAUUCUUAGACUGUACUCUAUGUUUCCCCCUUCAAUGAUUGCCACUAAAGUCACUAUUUUAGGAUAACUGUAGCUGUUUAAUCAUAGUCAGUCACUAGUAGGAGCAGUUGAUUUCCAUAAUAUUAUCCAUUAUGCAUUCAAUGCAAUCUCAUCUAUUCAACCCUAAAUAAUUUCUUCUUGUUUAGAUUCCAAAUCUACUCUCUACUUUGAUUUAUCAUUCAAAUUGAUCCUUAGAAUUUAUAGCCAUGACCAUAUUUGUGCUUGUCUUAGUAAAACCGUUUUGAACGUCGUCUCAUCAUUGUUUUCAUUUGUUAGCAUUUAUUGUUUCAUAUUUUUCAACUUUGUAUCUGUAACAUGUAAUAGUAGAUUUUGAUAUGUUCACAACUUUUUCACGAUUUAAUAAGUUGCUACAUGAACGAACACACACACAUAUUUUAUGUAUUACCAUUAUAGCUUUAAUAGCUCUGCCAUUCUAUGUGAUACCUGCAUGGACAUAUGUUGCUUUUGGUCCCAUGAGUAUUCAGCCAUUUUCACUUUUGCUACCCAAUUUUUAUUUUUCCAAUUGUGGUGCAUGAUUAUGAACUUUUUGCUACUUUUGAUCCUCCUGAUCACUUAUCUGGUGAAAAACAACACUAAGAACAUGCUGGUUAAGUGAUUGGAAGGACCAAAGGUGGCAAGAAAUCCAUAGUAGUGCACCAAAAGUGAAAAAUGAAAGUCAAUAAUCAAAACAGAAAAUUACAUAAUAGUUGUGAAACCAGAAGUAUAAUAUUAUCUUCAAUACCAAUCAAGUUUUGCCUUCAAUGUCAACCCACUUAUUUUUUUGCAGGUUUUAGAAAGGGAUCAAAUUUUGAAUAAUUUUCACGAAGUGACCACUCAACUGGAGCAAGCAUUGAGUGAGAUUUCUUUUGAAAACCUUGACUUAUCAGAUGAAGUUAAAGAACAGGUUGAGCUUGUUCUUUCUCAGUUCAAAAGGGCCAAAGUGAAGGCAGAUACACCUGACGAUGACAUAUAUGAGGAUUUGUUAUCCCUUUACAACAGUAGUGAGACUUCUAUAGAUCCAGCUUUGUUGAGGAGAUUGGUAGACAAGUUACAACUAGCCGGAAUAAAUGAUCUUACACAAGAAUCUCUAGCUUUGCAUGAGAUGGUUACUUCUACAGGUGGGGAUCCAGAAGAGACCAUAGAGAAGAUGUCAAUGCUGUUAAAGAAGAUUAAAGACUUUGUGCAGACUGAAAAUGUCAACAUUAAUUCUUCCUCCGCCAUAGAGAAGUCUUCAAGCUUAGGAGAGACAUCCACAGAGGAGAGUGGAAAGACAACCCCAGUUAUACCAGAUGAUUUCCGCUGUCCUAUAUCUCUGGAGCUUAUGAAUGACCCUGUCAUUGUUUCAACUGGACAGACCUAUGAACGUUCAUGCAUUGAGAAAUGGAUAGAAGCAGGACACACCAGCUGCCCAAAGACACAACAGCCCCUAACUCACAACAUCCUCACCCCCAACUACGUCUUGCGCAGUCUUAUAACACAAUGGUGCGAGUCAAACGGGAUCGAACCGCCUAAACGACCUGGGACUUCCCGGUCCCGCCAAAAUAAAUCCUCCUCCUCGCCCGUUGAAGACUGCAAGAUAGGAACUCUGAUAUCCAAACUCAGAUCAGGCAACCCGGAAGACCAACGGACAGCCGCUGGCGAGAUCCGUCUCCUCGCCAAACGAAACGCUGACAACCGUAUAGCGAUAGCAGAAGCCGGGGCUAUACCAUUGUUGGUCAACCUUUUAUCCAAACCCGAUUCCCGAACCCAAGAGCAUGCAGUCACAGCCUUACUUAACCUCUCCAUAUGCGAAGACAACAAAGGAGUGAUUAUAUCUGCAAAUGCGGUCCCUGGCAUCGUCUAUGUCCUCAAGAAAGCAGGCAUGGAGGCAAGAGAAAAUGCGGCAGCCACUUUAUUUAGUCUCUCUGUUGUGGAUGAAAAUAAGAUCAUAAUUGGUGCUUCGGGAGCUAUUCCUCCUCUAGUGGCUUUGUUAAAUGAGGGUAGCCAAAGAGGGAAGAAAGAUGCCGCCACUGCGCUCUUCAACCUGUGCAUAUAUCAAGGCAACAAAGGGAAGGCGGUUCGAGCAGGGGUAGUGUCCAUAUUAAUGCAAUUGUUGACCGAACCACAAGGGAGUAUGGUAGAUGAGGCGUUAGCCAUACUCGCUAUAUUAGCUAGUCAUCCCGAAGGGAAGUUAGCCAUUGGGAGCGCAAAAGCUAUGCCGGUCUUAGUAUCCUUCGUAGCAAGUGGGUCCCCUCGGAACAAAGAGAACGCAGCCGCGGUCUUGGGUCACUUAUGCUCGGCUGACCAGAAUGUGGUCAUAGCUCAGGAACUGGGUGUUAUGGAACCUUUGCUUGAUUUAGCACAGAACGGAACGGAGAGAGGGCGUCGAAAGGCUGCCCAGUUGCUUGAGAAAAUUAACAGGUAUGUUGAACAACAGAAGCAGGCCAGUCAGGUGACCAAAGAUCAAACAACUGAUAACCAGACACAACCAGACACAUCUGUGGAUUGUUGAUUCGAGUUUUUUUUGGUUUAGUGCGUGGUUGUUUUCAAAACAUUUCGAUAGGGUGUAGGUGGAAGAUCACCUCAUCUUUUAUAUAUGUCUUACAUAUAUUUGUUCUUUAUCCUAUCAAAUGGGUCAAGAUGCAUGUAUACAUACAACAUCCUUUGGCAAAACUAAGGCUGAUUUGGUGAACAAGAACUGAAAAGGAAAACUCUGAAUUCCCCUCUCCUUCACUUUUUAAUGAAGGAGAAUGUGUCAUGUGUCAACCUUAAUUUAACAGUAGCUCACUUAUUUUACAAGAGAGAGAUGGUGUUUUUAGACUUGAGUUCCAUUCAGACUCUAAUUUCUUUUGAGAAGGACAAGUAAUCCCAUAUGGUGGUUUGGUUUGUAUUCUAAUGUUUGGUCUAUAUUUAUCUGUCUCAACACUUACGAAUUUUGCUACAAAUUUUGUAGACUUCUUUUGGGAUGUUGAAUUGUUG